AUGCCGCCUACUACUCAGGCUUCCAACGCGUCGCAGGCCCCGGACGUUCCCACGUUCACCUCGCCAUUCGGCGCACCCAUCGAGACUACGUCCAAGGAACCUGCGCCGCCGCACCCGCCCCAGCGCCGGAUGAGCCAGAGCGAGAUCGCAUCGCAGCGCCAAUCGGCCGCCAUGCUCCUCGCGAUCCAGAACCGCACCAUUGAGGAGGACGAGGACGACUUCUAG